AUGAUUUGUGGAGAAAAUGGGACGCCCACGUCCAACAGAGCCAAGAAACAAGUUGUGCGAGCAGUAAAAUCAGGGUACUACCCUAAGCAGGUGAUGGAAAUCACGGGUGCGGCAGAGGAACCAGUCAUCAGCUUUGGGGCAGAGGAUCUGCGGACGCUUAUGUAUCUACAUGACGACGCGCUGGUUAUCAUGGCAGACAUAGCCGGUUGCAUUGUUCACCGUAUCUUUGUAGACUCGGGCAGUGCAGUGAAUAUCUUAUAUCUGGAAUGCCUCCAGAACAUGGGAGUUGAAGCCCAUAUUGAACCAACGAACGCCCCUUUAUUCAGAUUCGGGGGAGAAAUGGUCAUGCCAUUAGGUUUCAUGGAAUUAUCGUUAAAUCUUGGCAGUGCAGCCGCUAGCAGCAAAACUAGGGUAGUGCGAUUCUUGGUAGUGGAUAUGCCAAAACCAUCCUACAAUGUGAUACUCGGUCGUCCCGCCUUGACGGCGUUCAGAGCAGUAAUCUCCAUGUUCCAUCUAAAGAUGAAAUUCCCCAUCGGUGGGGGAAGAGUGGGCGAGGUCUGGGGUGAACAAAGGGCAUCGAAAGCAUGCCACGUACAGAUGCUUACACACUCCUCGGGGCAAAAAAGGGAAAGAAUAACAGAGGGACCGGAUACUCGGAAAAAGGGAAAGGUGGGCGAAGUGAAUGCCAUGGCAGAGGAGCGUCAGGAGCUGGCGGGUUUAUUAAAAAACAGGGACAGUGCAGAGAAGACCGCCCUGGUCUCCACCAGUGAUGUGUGCAAUAUGAUAGAAUUAUUCCCCGGGCGAGAGGGCUUUCAGACCAAGAUAGGGUCUUCCAUAGAUGAGCAAACUACAGAGGAACUGAUCAAUUGCCUCCGAAGAAAUGCGGAUGUGUUUGCCUUUAGCACAACCGAUUUGAAGGGAAUAGAUAGAGGGUUGGCGGAACAUUGCCUCAAUGUGGAUCCGAAGGUUAAGCCAGUAAAACAGAGAACAAGGCAUUUUAGUGCCGAGAAGGACGCCGCAAUCAGGGAACAGGUUCAAGGGUUGUUGGAUGCCGGGCAUAUUGAGGAAGUCCAAUAUCCAGAGUGGAUAUCAAAUGCUGUGAUGGUAGCAAAAAAGACGAACACUUGGCGGAUGUGUGUGGACUAUAGAGAUUUGAAUGCUGCUUGCCCAAAGGACCACUAUCCUCUGCCGAGAAUUGAUCAGUUAGUUGACUCUACCUUCGGUUGCGCGCUCUUGUCAAUGAUGGAUGCGUACCAGGGUUAUCACCAAGUGAAAAUGCAUAGAGGGGACAUCGCUAAAACGGCUUUCGCCGUCUGUUGUGGAGUUUAUGGUUGGAAGAGCAUGCCAUUUGGGUUAAAGAAUGCAGGGGUCAUGUACCAAAGAAUGAUGGAGAAAAUCUUUAAAGAGCAACUUUCAAAGAACAUAUCAGUAUAUGUUGACGACAUGUUGGUGCGGAGUGUCAGAGUGGAGGAUCAUGUCUCUGACCUGGAGGAGGUCUUCACAGUCAUCAGAAACAACCGGCUCAUGCUGAACCCAGCAAAGUGCACUUUUGGAGUCACCACAGAGAAAUUCUUGGGCUACAAAGUUACUCCCGCAGGGAUCGAAGUCAAUACAGAGAAAGUCAAAGCUAUCAUGGAAAUGACACCACCCAGAGGGAUAAAGGAAGUACAGACUCUGAACGGGCGUAUCACUGCUCUGAGCAGGUUUAUCUCGCGAUCGGCAGAGCGCAGCAUGCCGUUCUUCAAAAUCUUAAGGAAAGGGACCAAAUUUCUAUGGAUAGCGGAAUGUCGAGCGGCAUUUGAGGAUCUCAAAGUAUAUUUGGCAAAGCUCCCAACUCUGACCAAGCCAGUCCCGGGAGAAACGUUAUAUCUAUACAUAGCGGUGGGAGAAGAAUCGGUUAGCUCUGUGCUUAUCAGAGAAGAGGGAACUCACCAGAGGCCAAUCUACUUUGUCAGCAGAAUCAUCCAGGGCCCCGAGUUAAACUACACUGAGAUUGAAAAGGCUGCUCUGGCAGUCAUGGUCACAGCCCGGAAAUUGAGGCCUUAUUUCUUAUCACAUCGGGUAGUGGUGCGCACUGCUCUACCUUUCAGACAAGUGUUGGGGAGACCAGAUUUAUCAGGGAGAAUGGUCAAGUGGGCCGUGGAGCUGGGGGAGUACGACGUGGAGUAUGAGCUGAGAACGGCAAUCAAAGCACAAGCUCUGGCGGAUUUCAUUCAAGAAACCACUCGUCGUCCUAUGCCAGAAUUUUGGAUCGCCUUUGUUGAUGGGUCAGUUACAAAGGAAGGGUGUAGAAUUGGGGUGUACAUCAUCUCACCAGGAUAUGGGAUAUAUCAAUUUGCUAUCAAAUUCACUUGCCGGAUGUCCAACAACGAAGCCGAGUAUGAAGUUGUGGUCAGAGGAGCGCGCAUUCUGUCAGAGCUGAAGGCUGAAUGUGUUAUCAUCAGAACCGAUUCCCAGUUAGUGGCUCAACAACUGUUGGGGGCUUAUCAUGUCAAGGACCAGCGGAUGAAAGCAUACCACUGCAAAAUCAACGAAAUAAAACAAAAAUUCAUGGGGUUCAAAAUCGAACAGAUUUCCCGAGAAGAGAACACAAAAGCAGACUUACUGGCGCGCAUGGCCAGCGCGGUGGAACAGACAUGGAAUGAUGAGAUCAUAUUGCUCUGUGAUACCAGAGAAAUGGGGACUUCACAGGUUUUCUCAAUAGAAAUCAGGGAUAACUGGUGGGCCCCAAUCAUACACUUUCUUAAGACAGGGGAACGCUUGCGCAAAGAAUCCAAUUAG